AAGCAUGCAUAGGAUGUUGGAGAAGAUGGUGUGCAAAGGUGGUAGUUGGAGGAGUUCCAAGUGUGAAGAAGGAUGCAAGGUUGGUUUUAAUGAAGGAAGGUGACAAAGAUCUUUGUGGGAGAUUUUGGAACUAUCUUAUAAUAGGGUUGGAUGCUCAAGAAUGUUUUGGUGAUUCUCACUUUAAAUCAUGGCCAAGGAACAUUACUUUGCCUAUAAUUGUUAAAAUCAAGGAUCAACAACAUCAAUGGAAGAAGUUAAAGUUACCUCGAAGCAUAAGAUCAAUUGUUUGUCUUAACAUGCCUAGUUUCCCUGGUGGACUAGACCCUUGGGGCAAACCAAAUUUUAGGAGAAAAAAAGAGAGAAACUUUACAUCAUCUUUUGUGGAUGAUGGACUUCUUGAGAUUAUAGGAUUUAGAGAUUCAUGGCAUGCGGAAAAGUUUCUUCCUUUGAAUUGCCAUGGGACUCGUCUUGCACAGGUACACCAAAUUCGCUUUGAGCUUUGCAAAGGGAUAGCUAAGCAUAUUUACAUGAGUUUUGAUGGGACGAAAUGGAAACAACAUACCCCUAUUGAUGAUGACAACUACAUGAUCGAAAUCUCUUAUUCAUCUAAAACUAGAAUGCUUGCAACUUCAACUUCAACUUCAAAAUGCAAACACAAAGCUAGAAGUCCUACAUCUAUUGAAUAUUCUUAAUAGGGUUGAAAUCUUUAUUGAGGAUUUCCUACUAAACCUUUAUAUGUGGAUAACAUGAUAAAAUCUUUAUAUGUAUAUAUAUACAAGCAAAAAGAUUUGAUGGAGGAUAUUGAUGAAAUCAUAUUUCACAAAUUUAUAAACUAUAAACCCAUUUAGGUUUCCUUAUAUAAACUUCUUUGUUAUGGUAUUGAUUUAGAUAUUCGAUUGUACAACCUUAUGAUGGAUAUUUUAGUGAUUACAUAAAAAUCGAAGCAAUUACCAAAAUGAGAGAAACUCUGAUAGUCAAGGUGAAACUACUAU